AUGAUGAUGGCUGGCCGUGUGCUGCUGGUGUGUGCCCUCUGCGUGCUGUGGUGCGAUUUUGGUGCGGUGGGGGUAUCGUUUGGUGAUAGUGUUGGUGAACUACAAGAUGAACCAUCGAGGAGUUCACAGUCUUUGUCUAAGGGUGGCCAUGAAGAAGAACUGGAUAUACGAACUCCAGUUGGUAGAGUGUUGAACACCUCAGAAGAACCAUUAGAUUCGCAAGACAUAGCGAAGGUCAGCCCUCAAACUUCUGUCAAACAACCACCAAGAGGUAAUGGUGGGGCGGCAGGAAAAGAGGAAAAAGUAGAAGCAAAGAAGGCGGAAGAUGAGGAAACAAGAAGUGAUGGAGAAGAACAACCAAAAGAUCAUUCAGAAGGAACGCAGCAACGCGAUGGCCCAAAAGAAAACGAAAGGAGCCCAUCUCCAACAUCAGCAGACAAAAUGUUGACCAGUGAAGAUAAAACAGCAGAACAUGCAGGACAGGCGGGCCAAGCAAUAAGACCGCCACAAUCACCAGUACCUGAUGUAACUCGACCCAGUGGCAGUUCUCAAGGUGACUCUUCGGUUUCCCCUCUUUCUAUGGCUGGCAUUUCAUCAUCCUCUGCCCUCGAUGCCCCAUUUGUUCAGAGCACGCAACCUUCACAAAAGGCUCUACUGUCGGAAGCAAUGUCUCUUGGAACCGCACUGCCCAAGGAGCAGCCAAAGGAGAGGUCAGAACCCAAAGCAAAACAGGGCUCCUUUACUUCAGAAGAAGCCGCGGAAAGUCCAGGUGAUAGUGAGGAUGCAGUUGAAAAGGAGAAGGAGAAUGCAGACGUCGGUCUGAAAGCCACUACAAGCCUAUCUUCUACUACCAGCAACCCACCAGUAACAAAAACAACUCCACGAGCAUCUUCCGCAGAACCAUCACCAACAACAACGGAACUUCCAGCAGGGAGAAAAAACCUCAACAGAAAAUGUCACCAUCACCAUGAGAAAUGCCACCGCAAUACAGGCGACAGUGACGGCAGCACCGGGGGUCU